GGUAGAACAUGAAAACUGUUUAUUUUCAAAUAGCACUACUCAAUAGCGGAUUGGAAAGACCUGUAUUUCCAAAUAGUACAUUCAACAAUGGAUUAGACGAAUUUUUGUGUUUGAUAAAGUGCGUUUUUCGAUUAUCUUCAAAUUUACUUGAUCUAUAGAUAAUUUAAUUAACUAGACAGACACGUAGUCGUCACAUACCAUUUGCAAAAACGUCAUGCUUGGUUAGAAUUGUUUCCAUUUUGGCUAACCUACGUGGAGGCAGUCAUGACUCACGCAAUGUCAAAGUAUUAGUUGUUCUCGCCUCACUUAUCAUAUGUUUCAUAUAUAAAAGCAUCGGGUAAUGUCCAAAAUUGUAGUUGAUUGCAAACUACAAAUAGACACGGAAAUAAUAGAAAAUGGCGUUGAGAGUCUGGAGAUAUAUUCUAACUUGGGUUGUUAUAAAUUCAGUGGCCAGUGAGAGGAUAAAGGACAUGAUUUACAUGCCUCUGGAAGAUGUGGCCGCUUGUUUUCGAAGACACAAUGGCACACAUCAGUUUGGUUGUUCUUCUAGUAGAUCAGGCAGUGUUGGUGUUGUACAUCUAAUUGAAGCCAAUACCGAUCUACUUUGGUUAGAGAAUAAUGCUACUUCUGGUCCAUAUACUGUGGUUAUGCCUUUUUCAAUGUUCAACAGCAGCACACUUCUAAGACUACGAAAUACAAAUAAUAUAAAUGGAGUGCUAUUAGCAAGAAACAUCAGCCAGGACAGACCUUUUAGUUAUUCACCUGAGGAUAGAUGUCCGAAUCGAUAUUCUGGCUAUAAGAAAUGUGAUGAUCUUGAACCAUGGAAUCCCUUUGGGACUGCAUUACUCAUGGAGGACUGGCCAUUUCCCAUGUUUUACACAGAUAAUCAGACAGUGUUGGAAGCCAUAAAAACUUGUUUCUGGGCGUACAACGCUCACGACCUUGAAACGCAGUAUCAGAGAUCGCUAUGUGCGUUGGAAAUGAAGUCGUUCAUGUACGCCGCCGUUAACUCGGAGUCUUGCAUCAGGCGUAGCGACUUCAAACUGAAUUUCAAUCCGACGCAAUUCUGCGAUCCACUCGGCGACAGGAACAUACAUUGGCCUUUGGCGCCUCUUGAUAAAAAUGACAGUAUGGUAAUUAUGGUAACGGCACGUUUAGAUGCCUCGUCGCUGUUCGACGGGAUAUCGCCCGGUGCGACUAACGCCGUGACUGGAAUUGUGACAUUACUUGCCACUGCAUACUACUUGAACUCUUUGAAUGCUACUGUCGAUAAGACGAACGUAGUAUUUUCUUUGCUGAACGGAGAGGCGUUCGAUUACAUCGGAUCUAGUCGUAUGGUGUACGACUUGAAGCAGAACAAUUUCAACGCUCUUGGUGGAACGAGUUUGAAACUGGACGACAUCAAGAGAGUGAUCGAGUUUGGCCAGUUGGGCAAGGAAGAAAUAUUUUUUCACGUGAACGCUUACGACGACACGAUCGAUCGUCUGCGACUAGCGCUGAAUGUCCACAACACAUCGAUAUUUAACGAUAGCGUCCCACCAACAUCAGUGCAGAGUUUCUUAAAGGCAAAACCGAAUCUAACGACCCUUGUUAUAAGCAAUCACGGAGAGAACUUUACGAAUCGAUACUACAACGGCGUCUUGGAUGACGCGGAGAAUCUUGAUUUUCACAAAAACGAUACUGGUACGCUUGCAAGAGACUUGGCGAAAAUUGCUCUCCAGGUGGCUAACGAGCUUUACUGGGAGGUGACGGGAACCGAACCGGCGCCGCAGCCCAACGCACAAUCUGCUAUAGAACAUCUAAUCGUGGAGAUGUUGCCUUGCUACUUGGAGAGCGCCAAGUGCGAUCUGUUCCGCGCCGCUUCAGUUCCCGGUGUCAAGUUGCUCAAUCAGAUCAUGUCGCUGUAUGUCGGCGUUUACCGAGCACCGAAUAUAGCUACGAGCUUAACCGGCCAGCUCUUGGCCUUACUCACCGGUGAAAAGCUCUAUGACAUGAACGAAACAACGUGCCAUGAGAAUCGCCUAGCCUGGAUGGGCGGGCCCAAUUUUACGGGAUUGUGCAUAAAUUCGACCGUCAAUUAUAGCGUAGCCUUGAGUCCGGCGUUCAUCAUUGAAGGAUAUAACAUGAAAUCAGGUGUUUAUUCCACUUGGACGGAAUCCAUAUGGCAAACACUGAGUGUCAGAAUGUUCCUGAAACCGCCAGCAGCGACAGAACGUUUCAGUAUGAUUCUAGGCAGCUUGGUCGCCAUAAUCUCAUUCGUAUUAGUAUGGUUUAUUAAUAAUCGGGCUCACGUGUUAUUCAACUUGAGCAGAACGAUCGAAUGCUAGGGAUGCGCCGCGGACCACAUAUCACUGACUAGCUUAGAUCACCAUUGUGAUUACCAUUGUGAUUACCAUUGUGAUCACAUCGUGAUUACCAUUCGAGACCAAGGUGUUCAAGUAACUAGCCUUUAAUCGCAUGUGUGGUGCGCCCUCGGAUGUUAAUUCCCUCUAACUCUCGAUAAUCAAACAAUUCGGACAGCACGUUAUCGUUCUAAUUAUUUAUCGUUAUUGCGUUUUACACGUCUCGUGAAACUCGAGUGUGAAAGUUGUUGUUUCGAACUUAAUAUGCAACCAAAAAAUGCGAGUACAUUAUUUAUUUUAACAUAAAUUAUAAAUCCUUUUACUUUUCUGUGCGCCUCUUCUCGUCUCUUCCUCGCAAUCGUAUGAUUUGCAUUGUUUGAAUUAUUUAUGGAAUUUUAUACAAAAAGACAUUGAAUGUGAUGAAUGGGAAACUUAAAUUGAUAGAUUAAUGGCUUUGUACAUAUCGCGUCGAUAUAAGAUCCCUAACGAUAGUUAAUAGCUCUUGCAAGUAGACUUUUGAUUAUUGAUACUAGUUACCUGUUUAACACUAGGAGAAGCAACGCAUGUAAGUCUAUAAUGUGGAUAUAUAUAUAUAUAUAUAUAUAUAUAUAUAUAUAUAUAUAUAUAUAUAUAAAAUAUAUAUAUGAGAAAACUUUCAUACAUAAACAUUUGAGUUCCGUAUUGUCAUGAACAUCAUAAAAAUGUGCAGAAUGAUUCUUAUGCUAAAUUUGACAUAACCGAGACUCAAAUUGCAUUUUUCUCUUCUUUUUCAAUUAUUUUUGCCUUGUAUAUUACUGCGUGCAGCUCUUCUUUAAAACCAUAAAAGAAUAUGGCUAGGGAAAAUAUAUGUAUAAUUCUGGCUAUGUAUUCAUACAUAUAUGUAGUACAUAAUGUGUAUAUUUUGAAACCAUAUUCUUUAUGUAUGUGUACAUAUAUAAUAAAAAUAUAUACACAUUAACAGUAUUGAUAUAGUAUUAAUAUAGUUGCGGUAUAUGAAUAAAAAGGAAAUAAUGCAAGCGUGAUGGCGUUUAUUAUCGAUAAACAACUUAUUUAACAGGGCUUUGAUGUACACGAGAAAGAAGUAUUUAAUUUAUAUAUCUAUGCUUCCUUUUUUUAGUAUGCAUGUAAAUAUGUAAUAUGUUUCAUUUACGACGUAAAAUUUGGACAAAGUUAGGAAUGGGCAAACUUUUGUUUCUUCACCUUCUAGAAGACGGAUUUGAACCUCGAGAACUGUACAAUACAAAUGUACGAAAUUAUAAAGUGAAUUUUUCAUUGUGUA